AUGGUGAGACUGAGAGAGAAACGCGUUGAUCGCGUUGAACAACGGGAAUGCCACAGGUCUGUGCGCCGGUUCCGAUCAUCGGAGGAGAGGUUCUAUGUGGGGGCAAGGGGCCAUGGUGGGGUGCCACAAACGGGGAGGGAUGGGGAUGAUUGGCAGACUGUGAGACCGCGACGUCGGAAAGCGCUGCGACAGGACGAGCAAGGUCAAGACGGACAGCAGGAGAGGAUGCGGCUAGGAGUUUCGUUUGGCAGGCGACGAUCUAGGUCUAUGGUGUAUCAUGGUUCGCGGAAUUCAGACGACGGUAGGGUUACAUCUAGGGUUUCCUAUGGGUAUCACGUUGGUGCCAAUAAUUCUCCAAUAGGGUCACUAAAUAAGAAUUCACAUGUUCUUGUUGCGGCUUCUCCAUUGGUGGAAGUAGCAUAUCACAUUGAUUCGGAGGUCGACAUACCGGAAGUAGGGAUUCAAAAUGAGAACUCUGUUGAGAGGAUGCUAAAUCAAGUGGCAGGUCAAAAGGAGAAUGUAAAGCGAAGAAUGCGAGCGGGUUCUUGCCCACCAGAGGCGGGGAGGUCAUCCGUGUUUGGACCGUGGAGCAUGGAGUGGUUAAGCGAUCAGGUUCAUGGUGAUGUAGGUAUUGUAUCUUCAUCUAGAAGGAAGGGUAAGCAAGUAGCUACUAGUACAGAAACAAAGCAUUCUGAAGGAGCUAGAGGAUUCGUAAGAGACAUGGCAAAGCUGGAGUAUCUAGAUCAGUGGAAAUGGUUUCAAAAGGUUUGUAUUUGUGGGGAUUUUAACGCGGUUAGAAGUGUGGAGGAACGAAGAUCAGUUAGAAAUGGAUUAACGUUUGCAGACUGUGCUCCUUUUAACGGUUUUAUUGAUGUUGGUGGAUUUACCGUGGAUGGGCGCAGUUUUACUUGGUUUAAAGGUGAUGGGAAGUCGAUGAGUAGGUUGGAUCGUUUUCUUUUAUCAGAGGAGUGGUGUGUUUUGUGGCCUAAUUGUAAUCUGGUUGCUCUUUUACGUGGUUUGUCUGAUCACUGUCCGUUGCUGUUGACAGUUGAUGAGGAAAAUUGGGGACCGAGGCCUUCUAGGUUGUUGAAAUGUUGGCAGGAAGUACCUGGAUAUAAGAAUUUUGUAAGUGAAAAAUGGAAAUAUUUGGAAGUCACAGGUUGGGGUGGUUUUGUUUUGAAAGAGAAAUUGAAACUUAUAAAGGUUGCUUUGAAGGAAUGGCAUUUGGCUCAUACUCAUAAUUUGGCUGGAAAGAUUAAAUCCUUAAAGGAAAGGCAAGCUGUUUUUGAUGGAAGGGGGGAAGAGGAGGAUCUAGCUGAAGAAGAGAUUGAGGAGUUACGUGGAAUUACGUCAGAUAUCCAUUCUUUGUCCCGUCUUAAUACUAGUAUAUGUUGGCAGCAAUCUAGACUUACUUGGCUUCGGGAAGGUGAUGCUAACUCGAAAUAUUUUCACACAAUUUUGGGUGGUCAGAGGCGUAGAAACUCUUUGGUGUCAAUCAAUGUGAAUGGAGCCUUGGUGGAAGGUGUGCAGCCCGUUGGUCAAGCUGUGUUUUCUCAUUUUGCGAGUCACUUUCAGUCGUAUUCUGUGCAGAGGCCGACGGUGGAUGGUUUACAGUUUCGGGGGUUGUCUUAUGCUGAAGGGGGCGGUCUCAUUAAGCUGUUUUCAGUUGAGGAGGUGAAAGCAGCUAUUUGGGAUUGUGACAGUUUUAAGAGUCCAGGUUCGGAUGGUAUCAACUUUGGUUUUUUCAAAGACUUCUGGAUUUAUUUGAAAGAUGAUGUGAUGCGUUUUGUUGGUGAAUUUCACGGGAAUGGUAAGUUAUCUAAGGGUAUCAAUUCUACUUUUAUAGCACUCAUUCCAAAGGUAGACUCUCCUCAAACUUUAAAUGAUUUUCGUCUUAUUUCUUUGGUCAGAAGUUUGUAUAAAAUUUUGGCUAAGUUGUUGGCUAAUAGGUUAAGGCAGGUUAUCAGUAGUGUAAUUUCAGAUGCUCAGACUGCGUUUGUUAAAAAUCGUCAAAUUUUAGAUGGAAUUCUGAUUGCGAAUGAGGUUGUGGAUGAGGCUCGUAAGACUAAAAAGGAAAUUUUGAUGUUUAAAGUGGAUUUUGAGAAAGCGUACAAUUAUGUUGAUUGGGGUUAUUUAGACGCGGUGAUGGCCAAAAUGUGUUUUCCGACAUUGUGGAGAAAAUGGAUUAAAGAAUGUGUUACAACGGCUACCGCAUCCGUUCUUGUGAAUGGUAGCCCCAUAGAUGAGUUUCCUUUGGGUAGAGGUCUGCAUCAGGGUGACCCUCUUUCCCCAUUUUUAUUUUUACUGGCUGUAGUGGGGUUGCAUGUUAUGAUGAAGGCUAUGAUUGAUGCAAAUUUGUUUAGAGGUUAUAGUGUUGGGGAUGGAAAUGAGGUGGUGGUAUCGCAUCUAGGUGAGAAGAGUUGGACGAAUGUCCGUGCAUUGCGGGCGGUUUUAAUUCUUUUUGAGGUUGUGUCUUGGUUAAAAAUAAAUUUCCAUAAAAGUUUGUUGGUUGGUAUAAAUGUUUCUGACUCUUGGUUAACAGAAGCAGCGUCGUUGUUGAAUGGUAAGGUUGGUACAUUGCCCUUUACUUACUUGGGAUUGCCGAUUGGUGGAAACCCGCGUCGUCUGUCAUUUUGGGAACCUGUGGUUAACCGUAUAAAAUCUAGACUGUCUAAUUGGCAAAGUCGGUUUCUUUCAUUUGGAGGUCGCUUGAUUCUUCUAAAGUCUAUCUUGACCGCGCUACAUGUCUAUGCUCUUUCCUUCUUCAAGGCUCCAGCAGGGUUGUGGUAUCGGGUGUUGGUUGCUAGGUAUGGUGUGCGUGAUGGGAGGUUGGAGGAUGGGGGCCGGAGUGGUUCUAUUUGGUGGAAGGAGGUUAGUAGGAUUAGAGAAGGGCAGGGUGGGGGCGGUGUUGGCUGGUUUGAGGGAUGUGUGGGUGAUGCGGACGAUACCUUGUUUUGGCAUGAGCGGUGGUGUGGUGGUGUCCCAUUCCGGAUUCGAUUUAGAAUGUUAUUUGAUUUAGCUUUAAAUAAAUCCAUUACUGUUAAAGAGAUGUUUUCUUUAGGAUGGGGGGAGGAGGGAGGGGGAUGGUACUGGCGUAGGAGUUUGUGGGUGUGGGAGGAAGAGCCCCUUGUGGAGUGUAGGUUAUUACUUGCUAACGUUUCUUUGCAGUCUCUUUCCUAUGAUGUGUGGCAGUGGCAACCGGAUCCUAGUCAAGGGUACACAGUUCGUGGGGCAUAUGCUAUGCUUACCAAUCAGGAAGUGCAGCAGGAUGGUCUUUGCGAAGAAUUGGUUUGGCACAAACAUGUUCCCCUUAAGGUGUCUAUUUUUUCUUGGAGGUUGAUUCGAGAUAGACUUCCUACAAUGUCUAAUUUAGCAUAUCGUGGUAUUUUGAAUUCAGAGGCAUGCUUAUGUGUGUCAAGAUGUGGUUUCGUGGAAGAUGCACGACAUUUAUUUUUGUCUUGCAGUUUCUUUGGUUCUUUAUGGUCUUUGGUGAGGUCUUGGAUAGGUUUUGCUGGUGUCGAUCAUUGUGAUAUUUCAAAUCAUUGUGCUCAUUUUUCAUUUUACACAGGUGGUUUGAAAUCAAGGAGAUCUUUUCUUCAGCUUAUUUGGUUACUCACGAUGUGGGUUAUCUGGAAUGAAAGAAAUAACAGGCUAUUUAAGCAAAGAGAACGUUCCUUAGUUCAAUUAUUAGACAAAGUAAAGUAUCAUUCUUUGUGGUGGCUGAAAGCCAAUAGGGUUGUAUUUAUGUUUGGUGAUCAGAUGUGGUUGUCGAAUCCAUUGUCGUGUUUAGGCAUUGGUUAA